AAGCGUCUCAUUAAUAAAAAGGGCUGGUGGAGUGAGAGGAGAAAAUAGAGUGGCGGAGUGAGUGUUCCACUCCCCUCUUAUGCUUUAAUUCACCAUCUCCUCACCGAAUCUUAUGAUGCAGCGGCAGCAAAGGCUAAGGCAAAGUCGGAGCCCGGCAUGGGAUAAUCUACCCAACACAGCUCUUGUUAUUAUAUUCUCCAAAUCCUCCCUCAAAGAUCGUAUAUACAACCUCCCUUUGGUAUGCAAAUCCUGGGCUAAUACCUCUCAUCACCCUCACUGUUGGGUCUCUUUUACUGUCGCUCCUCAUGUUGAUGCCUUUGUAAAAUCUUCACCAGCUUUUCUAGACCCUUUUGAUGGUAGACGCAACACCGAUCCCCAAAUUGGCAUUCAUGCCUUUCAGUCUCUUAUCAGUAAAGCUGCUGGCGGAUCCGCCUUGACCUCUCUCUAUUUUUACCCUUUCCUCACUUCUCUUGAUGGCUCUUCCAAUGACGAUGCCCUUCUUAAACUCAUCACUACAUCCUGCCCCAAUUUGAAAAACCUAUCAUUUCAUGGAUCCUUCAAUGCCUCUGAAGAAGUUUUAUUUCAAGUAGUACGGAGCUGUCCAAAUAUGGAGCUUGUGGACUUUUCUGAUUCACCAUACUUUAUCCCUGCGAUUUUACAAGAGAUGGAGAUUCACUGUCCUAAUAUUAGAGGCAUUAGACGAAACGGAUUUGUGCAACCUUUUCUCUCAUCAACCCUCAUAAAAUGCUUCCCAGGUUUGAAGCUUCUAAACCUUUCUGAUUCAAGCAUUGGUGACAGAGACUUGCUCACCCUUGUCACUGGUAAUUCUAGACUUGAAUAUUUGGAUAUUAUGCGCUGCCAAAGCUUGAUGCUCUACAUGCACAUAAUUAAGGGAGCUCAUCGUCGAAUUGCUGAAAUUCACUAUGAUUGAGUUUCCAACUCUGCUGGUAUCUUGCCUAAUUUGGAUCCUAUUGCUGUUGUACUGCAUAAUCAGGGUUGAACGUAUUUAACAGAUUUGUUUUCUGUUGAUUAACAAACAAGUUGGUGACCAUGUACUAUUUACUGUUAUUUGCUAAAUAGAUUGUUAACUUGUAGCUUAAACAUUUUGCAUUAGGAAGCAUGAAUGUGAGGAACUGGUUAGGAGUUGAA